AUGAUUUCGAAGGAAAACGGUUCGGAGGGCAUGAUGUCGUUGUUCGAUCUGAACGCGGACACUCAGCAGAGCAGAGUUUCUCACACAUCUAGAUGGCCACGAGCAUGGCGCCCAUACGCGGCACUGGUGUCGGGUUUUUUUGGAAUGGCAAACUGCUGGGGCCUGAUUAUGAGCUUUGGUACCUUUUUCAGGUACUAUGACGAGCAUCUUCUAUCGGGGGCGACAGACACGAGCAUCGGCCUGAUCGGCGGCGUUCAAGCAUUUAUGGUGUUGCUGCUCUCGUUCAUUGUGGGCCGGCUUCUCGACGCCAAAUUCCACAGAAUUAUUGUGGGAGUUGGAGGGGUUUUGACAUGGCUGGGGUAUUUCUGUUUGAGCUUCAACAGUCCGCAAGGACCGGAGAGUCAGGGAAGUUAUGGAUUGAUCAUCUUGACUCAGAGUAUUAUAGCUGGGGCUGGCAUGAGUUGUUUCUUUACUCACAGUUCCCAUUGUGCUAUUCAGGUGAGGAAACAGUCAGCUCAAACCCGGACUUUGGAGGCUGACAUCCUUGUUGAGUGGUUUCCACAGCAUAAAUACUUCGCUGUUGGUAUCACCUCCGCUGGAGCUGCCGCUGGAGGUCUUGCUUAUCCACUGGCGACCACCUAUCUCAUCACCGAACACGGUUUUCCUGCCGGCAUCAGGCUUGUCUCCGCAAUCAUUGGUGGCGUCUCCGCCAUAUGCUUCAUCUUCGGUGCUUCCAAUCCAGCAGCGAAGAGGCGGCCUUUAAAAUUAGUAAUCAGAAUGUCCACCUGGAUCGACUUUGAAGCAUUCAAGAAUCUUCUGUUCCUAGCCUACUCUGUAGGCGUAGGCUUCAUGUUCUUGGCUUUCUAUCCACUCUUGUUUCAUAUCACCGAGUGGGCUGAACGUGAGCGAUUCAAAGGUAUAAAGACCGUGUGGUUCUUGACCAUGGUGAACGGAUGCAGUGUUAUUGGGCGCUUGAGCAGUGCAGUGGUCGCGAGUGCAAGGUGGUCCAAUCCUGCCAUGGUACACGCUAUUAGCUGCUUCGCCGCCGCUCUAGUAGUCUUUCUACUAUGGCCACUCGCUCAACAAGAAAGCCACGCCAUUGCAUUCUGCGUCCUAUUGGGAGUUCUUGGCGGUGCUUUGUUCGGCUUGCCAGCAUCUGGUGUUGCUUUCAUCAUUCCAAAAAAACUUGGUGGCUCACUGGGGGCCUGGACGGGGAUUAUGUGGGCCUUGAGUUCGGCAUUUGCUUUGAUUGGGCCACCUAUCGUGGGACAACUUGUCAAACGUUAUUCCAUUGAGUCCGUUGGGUACUGGACAGGGGUGAACCUUCUUAUGGCUGGGAUGCUGAUAUCGAUGGCAAUAUGGAUGAAACAUUCAGAGGAUAAGCGAGAGAGAUCCAAAAAUGCGGAGCUGAAUAUGAACACCGAUGGCAGUGUUAUCUAG